AUCGGUUGGCAAAGUAGAAGAUCUAAAAAAAAGGUGUUCAGUCCGCGGUACCCGGGAUGGGGACUAGACGAGAGAGCGGGACGCACCAGCGGCCAUCUGAACCGUUUCCGACCGCUGCGUCGGUUGUCAGCUCCUGUCGAGCCAAGCAGUGGCGGCGGCACCGUACGUGUAGAGGCCGAGCAAGGUGUGCAUCAGCUUUACGAAUAUAGUGGAGUCCAGAGCGAUCUCAGCCGGCGAGUUCCAGUCGGGCAUGAUGGCGAGGAGGAGGAGGAGGAGUGCAGGGAGCGAAGGAGGUAGGGAAUGAAAAAAGGGAGGAGUUGCUCGUCCGCUUCCCUGGCCUCAUGUCCUUGUAUUUUAUUGUGACAGUGCAAACGGAUUUGCCGUCUGCACGCAAUUGGUCGUUCCACAUGGGCUUAGCCACAAGACAAACAUCGCUUGCAAGUACGUCCCGGAUGAAGCAUGGAUACAGCUUGACGUGAGUGCGCUUAGAGACGACUUCUGUAGAGAUUUGGA